AUGAAGAGGAAAAUAGCACUCAUCUGGGGAUACAGUGGUGUCGGAUACGCUGGAUUGCAGUUCAAUAAAGAUAGUAACACGCUAGAAAGGAGAAUCAUUGGAGUACUGGCAGGAUUAGGAUACAUUUCAGAGGCAAACAGCGAGAGUGCCACUAAAGUGCACAUGAAGUCGGCCAGUAGAACAGACAAGGGCGUUGGUGCCGUAUUCAACGUAACAACGAUGAAGAUAAACACGGAACUGACUGACACGGUCUUCGAGAAGAUUGAGCAUGAAUUUAGUUUGAAUAAUUUCGUACUGUACAAGGUGUGUCAGGUUCCAAGGGGAUUUGUGGCGCAUAAACAGGCACGAAAUAGGUCGUACAAGUACUUUAUUCCAACCAAAUUCAUGGAAACGUGCAAUUUGGGCAGCGAGAAGGAGCUACUCAACGACCAGACUGAGAAUGGGACAGAAAAGAGGUGCAAGGAGCUUUUCAGGGUCUUUACGAGUGAGGAUGUCUCAUUUUGUAGGGGAUUCAGGGUGGAACAGGAGCAAAUUGACAAAAUGGGCAGAAUACUCAAAUUGUACGAGGGAACCAGGGACUACCACAACUUCACGACGUCCCAGAACAAGCAGGGGACGAAGAGGCACCUGAGGAGAGUCAGGUCACUUGGAACGAGGGUGGUUGACGACGUUGAGUACCUCGAGGUCUCUCUUUCUGGGGACAGCUUCAUUUUGCACCAAAUUAGGAAAAUGGUGGCAUUUGCCCUAUUCAACUGCAGAUACGUCGUAGACUUCACCAAGGUGGAAGAGAACUACGAGAAAGUCUUCUCGGAGACGAAAUACGUCCUAGGAAAGGCACCUGCUCCCUACCUGUACCUCUUUGAUAUUGGAUUCAGGGACUACAACGAGAGAACUGAGUACGGGAGACUUGAGGCACCAGAAGAAAGAAGAGAUGGAUUUGAAAUAGAAAUGCAUAAGAGCAUCUUUACGACUGAUAACCUGAAGGAGUGGCUGAUUCACCUUGCGACUGUCCAGUUUCGUGCUGAUUCACUGAAUGAAUUCGUGUAG